AUGUCGCUGACGUUUACCGCGCCUCUGUCGAGAACAAAGAAGACUUUACGGAUGAUGCGCGACGAGAAGAGGAGGUUUUCCCCCGCUGUAAAGGACGAAUUCGAUUUCGAGUUUCUCGACGAAGAGGAAGGAGAUUCAGACUAUUGGGACCAAGACGAGACGAAGAAUAACGACAUCGAUGAUGAUGACUCGAAUACGCAUUACAAGAAACGAAUGGGGAAGUUUCGAGACGCGUUCAUCGAUGCCUUUGAUGAUGAGACAUUUGAGGCAAAAGAGGAAGAGGAAGAGGUCAGUCUCUUCACGAAUACCGCGGAAACGCCAAUGAACGGGAGGAAAUGUGCACGAUCGAUCGCGAUGAAACCAUCCAGACGACUUUAUGAGAACGAUGAUAAGAGCAGUGGUAGCAGUAGUAGUCAUACUAAAUGUGGGAAAAGACUUACGCAUGAAGAUUUUCCGCCCGUCGCCGUCGUGUCGGCGAUACACGCGAGAUCUUUGAUGAAGAUUAAAUCGAAGUCGAUUGACGCGAUGACGGAGUUUACGGAGAAUUUACGGAUGGCGUUUGGGGACGAGAGGGAUAAGAAGUCUGAGAUGCACUCGGACGGGGAGUUGGUUUUAGUCGUGUACGGGGUGAACGAAGAGACGGAGGAGGUUUUAGAGGAUUUAGAGAAACAUUUGUUCCGCGAGAAUGAUUUCUAUUUAGCGAUUAUCGAUGGCGAUACACGAGCGCUGAAUGAAAUUUCCGAUUACGACGACGCGAUCGCGAGAGGCGUGAAAUUCACGAGAGCGAAGUUUGCCAUCGUCGCGGAUUUGAACGCGAUCGUUCCCUCGGCGGAGUGGACGAAAAUGGCACUGGUGAAAGUCUUUCGAACGGAACCGACCGUCGCGGCGGUUCUGUUCGGCGGGAACGACAACGUGAGCGGAUUUGAAGGCGCGAAGCGACCGGCGAUGGUUAUUAGAGCGUGGGAAGCAAAGUUUGCGCUGACGAGUGAAGAUGGAUCCUCCGGGUGCGCGAAAACCGAGAAGAGCUUAAUGUCCGUCAUGGUCGAUAAAGGCAUGGAGUUUAAACGAUUGCCGAGGAAGUUGAAAAGAAUCGAUAAAUCAUCGCGUAGUAGUAUUGGUAGUGGUAAUAAUAGAGAUAGCAGCAGUAGGAACGACGGCGGCAACAGAAGACUACUUUUUGAAGAAGAAGAAGAGGGUAUUGACAUUAUGGACGGUAAAUGGGAAGCGAACUCCAACCGCGGCGGCGUCGACGGCGCGUUUGAUUUAGGAUGCAAAUCAGCCUCGAAGAGGAACGAAAAGAGUUUGUUCUGUCCCACUUCAUCUAAUAACGACAACAUUAACAAACGAAAGAGAAGAGUUCAAGCGACGUUCAUCAUGCAAUACUUCAACAGAGCGAAAACGUUGGGUGAGAUUUUCGACGCGUUGGCGAAGAGCGUCAAGCACUCGUCGAUAUCUUCGCCCUCCUCGUUCACGAUGGAAGUGUUGGCAAACGUAGACUCCGGGUAUAAAAAAUCUGAUAACUGGGUCAAGCAUGCGUUGGAGUUUAAGAAGCAAACCGGUAAUCACGAUUCGCCGUUCGUGUUGUCAUUUUCCAACGAUAUUCACGAACUCCGAGCGUAUAAUCGAUUGGCGCACGUCGCGACGGCUGAAUUACUCGUCUUUGCGCAAGACGACGAUAAACCUGACGUGACAGACCCGAGCUCUUUAUCCUGGCUUCUCGACGGUUUAUCUUUAAUGCGUCGUCACAAAGACUUGGCUUUGUUGGGUGCCUACCGAGGCCGGUACGACGACGGUUCUCGAAUGAAGACAUCGUCCAACCAAAACGACGGCUCGAAAUUCGGCGGUAACUUUGAAUCCGAUCGCGAGACUCGCCCGAUCGCGUACGUCGACAGCGAACUCGGCGUUCCUUUUCUCUGGAUGUACAAAGUGAACAUGGGCCCGAUGUUGUUUCGAAAGUCCAUUUUCUUAUCAUCCGGAGGGUUUCACGAUCAAUUCUCGUGCGCGGGCGAGAUGGCGCAAGGGUUCGAUUUCGAAAUUUCCGUUCGCAUGUGGAGCGAAGGAUUCAAAGUUGGCUUAUACGAUCCAAAAUGGCUCCAUCGAAUCGAUAAGGAUUUAACGGCAAUCGGGAACCAAAAUCGCCAUCGAGACGUGCAAAAGAAAGAGUUAACGGACAAGAAAGACGAAGCGACGAAAAGAAAUAACCAGAACAUUUACACCUUGUUUGCUUCGGAGAAAAAUUUUCACCACGAGAAAGGCACAAAAUUAGCCAAGAAGAGUUUGAAGGAAGAUUUAGCAAAAAAAACGUUAAUUUGCGCAUUACCGAAAACGCACGAGUUGUGCCACAACUCGUUUUUAGACACGCCGAGAGACGCGGUGACGUGCAUGUCCGCCGACCGGAAGUGUUUCCAACGAAAGUACAUCGAAAAGCACAACGUCGCGGGCGCGAACGACGAAGACGCGAGGAAGGCGUUGCCGAAAGACGAGAACGGAGACAUCGACGUUUCCAAAAUUCGAUUCACAAAAGGCGAGAAAGUGAGAUUCAAAUACGAGUGGUUAGAGCACGACGGCGCGCAGAGAGUCUGGAACGAAGCUUUGGUGGAGACGCAAAAAGUCGCGCUGAAGACGGCGUCGUCCUCAUCAUCCUCAAAUCUUUCCGUCGAGGAUGCCGUAAAACAAUGGCUGAACGAAAACACGCCCGCGAUAAACGAAAAAGUCGAACAAGUGCGCUUGCAGCUCGCGAAAGAAGCCGAACCGGAAUUGAAACGCGCGGAAGAGCUCGCCGCGAAAGGUUUGAUUUACGGCACCGGAGGCGCCGUCAGCGAAGAAGAACGGGCGAGACGCGCGAAAGAGGCAAAAUCUGUGGAUAAGAAAACGAGAGAUCGCGUGGUGGAACUCGCCGGGAUUAAAGCGUUCGAGGAUGGGAAGGAAGACAGAGCGGCGUGGGAAUAA